AUGUUGUCCAAACAUUUUUCAGUGUUUUUAUUUUUCAUUGUUACUGCCUUUUCCUCUUCUGUCAGAGCCGAUGGCUUUUGCACGGAGGCGGAAUUGGACGCACUUGGUUUCAAGUUGGCACCCGUGACCGAUGAGUCCUUACGCAGGCUUUGCGCGUCCACUAACGCCAUCAGGAAGGUCAUGAAAUCCAAUAUUGCUAAGACUGGUGAUUCUCACCGCACUUAUUUGGCUAACAGGAUAGCUGCUGCGUUGACUAAGGCCAACAUUACCGGAGCCGGCGUACCAUGUUUGAAAUGCUUCGCUGCUUCAGGCCAAUGCGUCUUGCUGAACUGCAAAGCACAAUGCCUUACCGACGAGUACAGCAAGGCUUGCGUUAGGUGCAUCGACGAACACUGCCAUGGAAAGUUCGUCGCCUGCGUUGGCAUGGAAACUAUCAACCCCGCCGAUCACAAAGAUGUGCUGUCAAAGUGCAAAGCAUAA